UGGUUUGGUCUGGCGAGACGAUAUCAUAGCUUUGUGUUUGGGGUAGCAGCACAUAAAACAGGACGAGAACUCAAGAGAGACCAUGGGCAAUCAGAGAGACAAGAGAAGCAACUGACAGCUACUGUAUUAGCUAAACAGUUGGUUGAACUAAGACAACAGAAAACUAAAUCUUAUGGACUGAGUGCUACCAUUACGGCAACAGGACAUCAAAUGAAAGCAAUGCAGUCUCAGGUUGCUAUGACAAAGGCAAUGGGACAAACGUCCAAGGCAAUGGCAUCAAUGAACAAACAAGUAAAACUUGAAGACAUUCAACAGACAAUGCAACAGUUUGAAAAAGAAUCAACUAAAAUGGACAUGGCAGGAGAAAUGAUGGAUGAUACGAUGGAUGCAAUACUGUCAGGAGAUGAAGAUGAAGAAGAUGAAGUAAUUGGACAAGUACUGGAUGAGAUUGGACUAGAGUACACCAGCAAAUUGGCUGGUGCUAAGGUUGCAGGUGGUAAGUUAGGACAGGAAGAUAAAGAAUUAACUAGUACUGACGAUCUUGAAGCAAGACUAGCUAAUCUGCAUGCUUCAUAAUUAUAAUAAUUACAAAUAAUAUGUAAUAAUUAAUUUAUUAUUGUCAUUGUCUAUUAUUAAAUUUUUAUUCUAAAUCUAAUUACUAUGCUAGCUCCA